UUCGUCGUGUCUGCUCUGCCCUGCCGCUGUUGCUGUUGCUGUUGCCUCUAACUACAACUGCUACUGCUGCCGCUGCUGCUACUACUACUACUACUAGUACUGCUGCUGUCACUGCUACUGUGUGUUCAACAGUGAGAAAUGCUGUUGUGGUAGUUUUUGGAUAUUUUUGCGGUAUCGUACGCCUUUUGCUAUCACAGCCAUUCAGUCGAGUGCGUGGUCGUGAACGAAUCGGUCGAAGAAAUAGUCACACAGCUGCUGCUGCUGCUGCUCAUCUCUUCUCUUGUGCCAAAGGAGAAAAAAAGGCAAAAGCAAAAGAAAAAAAACACAACUAAUCAAAAGGAAAUCUGCACAAACAUAAUAAAAGAUUGAGAUUCGGAAAAUGUGCAAAACUAACUAAAUCGAAAAAUGUGUGCACAAAAUCAGUGACAAAAUCUUCGAGCGCGCCGUAAAAUGUUUACAUAAAAUAAUUAUCAACGAACAUUUUUUUAAAGGUGUAAAAACAAAUAUAUAUAUAGAUAAAGUUAUAUAUAUAUAUAUAUAUAUAUAUAUAUUAAAAUAUAUAUAUAGAUGCUAUUUUUUUGUAUAAGUUUUGUGCCUCCCAAGCGCCAUGAACCCGUGGCGUGUCAAGUUCCUUGAGCAAGCGGUCAGUAAUAAUAUAAACACUUACCGAUAGAUAGUGCCAAGCCCCACUACGAUUGCUAUCCAUUGCUUUCCCCAAUUCCUUUACAUCAAUUUUAGAAAACUAAUCAUUCGCCCAAGUGUUUUUGAACUGUUUUUGUUCUUUUUUUAAAUUGUUGGCCAAGCUUUUGGAACAUCUUGGCCAAGUUCUAUGAGAUAAUAACAAGAGCAACAACAACAACAACAACAACUAACAAAAAAAUCUGUUUCAAUGGAGCUAUACAAUAUGCAAAAAUCUAUGCAAAUAUUAUGACUGCCUGUCAAAAAUGGAUCGGCGUGUAAAUAGAUUACAAUAUGGUUGCCAAUAAGAAAGGAAACAACAAUCAAAUCUAUAAGGAAACAUAUUUAGAGUGAAAGCCAAUUGUGAGGCGAAAACAAUAUGAGAAGUCAAUCAAAAUCAGAAAGCUAACGAAAAGCAUUAGUGAACGAAUUAGAGGAAAGUCUCAAAUGGAUCCAAUGAGUUGGUCAAUAACUGUCAAUAAGCAGUAGAGAGAGAGACAGAGAAGAAAUUCAAUUCAAACCACAUACUCGUACAAGAACAUACUAUAAUAUACUAUAUACCAGGACCACAAUCAAUCAAAAUGCAAAACUAUGGAAGUGAACUUAAAGGAGGCUGAUUGAAUAGGACUCUCGCUAAGUUUCAUUUCCGCGCCAUUAUAACAUCCCAAGAAUUAAACGGAGGAACCCAAAAACGAGUUAAGUUAGUAAGAUAUGAAGAAGCAAUCACUUAGUCGAUCGGACAAUCCAUUCUGCUCUAGUCAGGAAACCAACAUGAGCUUCCCACAGCCGCACACAUUGCCGGAGGCACCAGCUAACGGUGGUAAAAUGCUCGUUUAUGGCCUGGGUCUUCUAAUUAUGAUACCGGCUUGUACGGCUGGUCCCCAUGAAAAGAGGUUGCUGCACGCCCUUCUGGACAAUUAUAACAGCUUAGAACGUCCGGUGGUCAACGAAUCCGAUCCAUUACAACUGAGCUUCGGACUAACACUCAUGCAGAUUAUCGAUGUGGACGAAAAGAAUCAACUGUUAAUAACAAAUAUUUGGCUCAAAUUGGAAUGGAAUGACAUGAAUCUGAGAUGGAAUUCUAGCGAAUUCGGGGGUGUACGCGAUCUGCGGAUUCCACCACAUCGAUUGUGGAAACCAGAUGUUCUAAUGUACAAUAGUGCGGAUGAAGGCUUUGAUGGAACGUAUGCCACAAAUGUGGUAGUUCGUAACAAUGGAAGCUGCCUGUACGUACCGCCUGGUAUAUUCAAAUCAACAUGCAAGAUCGAUAUUACGUGGUUUCCAUUUGACGAUCAAAGAUGUGAAAUGAAGUUUGGUUCAUGGACCUACGAUGGUUUUCAGUUGGACUUGCAAUUACAAGACGAAGCCGGAGGAGAUAUUUCUAGCUUUAUAACCAAUGGCGAAUGGGAUUUGUUAGGUGUGCCCGGUAAACGAAAUGAAAUCUACUAUAAUUGCUGCCCAGAACCUUAUAUUGACAUAACAUUCGCCAUUUUGAUAAGACGCAAGACAUUGUACUAUUUUUUCAAUCUGAUUGUGCCGUGCGUACUGAUCGCUUCGAUGGCACUGCUAGGGUUUACACUGCCACCAGAUUCUGGUGAAAAGCUUUCGCUUGGAGUUACAAUUUUAUUAUCGCUUACAGUCUUCCUUAAUAUGGUGGCCGAAACAAUGCCAGCAACCUCAGAUGCAGUGCCAUUACUUGGAACUUAUUUCAAUUGCAUUAUGUUUAUGGUGGCCUCAUCAGUUGUGUCAACCAUACUUAUCCUCAAUUAUCAUCAUAGAAAUCCAGAUACGCAUGAAAUGAGUGAAUGGAUAAGAGUAAUAUUCCUUUAUUGGUUACCUUGCAUAUUGCGCAUGCAAAGACCCGGACAGGUUGGCUACGAAUGUCCGCCGCCGCCCUCUUCGUCGAGUUCAUCUAAUUCUGGCGAGAAAAAGCAACAGAUUCAAAACGUUGAGCUCAAGGAGAGAUCGUCCAAGUCUCUGCUGGCCAAUGUUCUCGAUAUAGACGAUGAUUUUCGAUGUAAUCAUCGCUGUGCCAGUGCCACUUUGCCUCACCAGCCGACCUAUUACAGGACGAUGUACAGGCAAGGGGAUGACGGCAGCGUGGGACCCGUGGGACCAGCUGGUCCUGUUGUCGAUGGGCGAUUGCACGAAGCCAUUUCCCACACCUGUCUGACCUCCUCAGCAGAAUACGAACUGGCGCUGAUACUUAAAGAACUGCGUUGGAUAACAGAACAGCUAAAAAAAGAGGACGAGACAAGCGACAUAACACGAGAUUGGAAGUUUGCUGCCAUGGUCGUCGAUCGUUUGUGCCUUAUUAUUUUCACUUUAUUUACUAUUAUCGCAACACUUGCUGUCUUAUUUUCAGCACCACAUUUCAUUUUCCCGUAAGCGAGAAAAUGCAAUGCAGUGGGAAACAAAAAACAAGAAGAGCAGAAUGUGACAGGCUACAGAAGUUUUUUGUGGUUUAUUGUGAAGUAUAUAUUGAAGCCAAUCAAAAUAUUAGGAACAAAGCAAAAUGAAUUCAACAACAACAACAACAAACCGAGAACCUAAGCUUUUCAAACUGAAAUACUUUGACAGUCAAAGAGUUUUGCUAUUUAACAUUUUUUAUAUUUUUAAAGAUGUGUCUGAUGGUUAUAAAAUAUUAUAAUUAAUUGAGAUAGUAACGUAUGUACGUAUGUGAAUGCAUUUUGUAUAAAAAAAAAAACAGAAAACAAAAAACCAAAACAAAAACCAAAAAAAACAAAACUAAAGUAAUGUCGGGAUAAUAACAAUAACUAUAUCUGGGCAUCAAAAUGAUGUACGUUGCCGUGUACAUUGAUUUUUGCCCAUUAGAUACAACACCAAAAAAAAAAAGCAGAGGUUUCUAUAUCUAAAUCGCGUAUCCCUUGUAGAUGCAAUACACCUUCCAACCACCAACUCCAACUUCCAUUAAACCGACUCGAAGGAUAUACAUAUGUAUACAGCUUCAUACUAUUGUUAAACAUAUUAAAUUUAGUACUUAAAUAGUCUGUAUGUAAUGUUUCAAUUAUUGCCUCAACCCAUUUUGGUUGUAUAAUUUCAAGUUUUCAUUUUCGGUUUAUUUUUCAGAAAUUUCAAUCCCAAAAGCUAUAGAAGCGUUUUUAAACAAACGCAGAACUGUAUACAAAUGUGUUGCUAUGAUAUAAAAAGGAUUAGCAAUAUGCUAAACCAAGACAGAACAAAUGCAAAUUGAACGACAACAAAAGUGAAUUGUGAAAAUUGUUCCCGGUAAGAAAGUAAACUUCAAUACAAACAAAAUGAAAAUGUCAUUUCAAUGAAAAAUGAUCGCACAAUAAAUUCAUAAAUACUAACAAAGCCGUCAAAAUUGAAUGCAAAAACAAAAUAAACACACUAACUCACACACAGUUACAACACACACACACACACACACAGUUGUGAGAAAAGAAUACUAUUAAAAAAAAACAAAGAAUACUUGCUAAAUUUAUCGAAUUGCACUCUGCAAAUAACCAAGAAACUAAAACACAAACAAAACACUGAUUGCAUUUUAAGAAGAUAUAUGCAUAUGCAGUGCCAAACACGAUUAGGCACAGUACACAGAGGAGGGGAAGAAAAAUAUUUGCUAGCCAUUAGUAAGAAAAAAACAUAACAAAUAAUAUAUAUAGAUGCCAAAUAGCUAACACACCGAUUUCAUCAAGUCUUUCCUGCUGGUUACACUCAGCAGCUAAAAAAAAAACGGUGCUUCAAUAUAAAAAUACGGGUGCUUCGAUAUAUAGUAGGCGCCAAAUAUUAAUUUUAACUUUGUAAAGUUAAUUGGCAAUACAAAUGGAAAUCAAAAAGGGUUUGUUGUCUAGAAUGUUAUAAAGCAUUGAGAGUAAAGAUAUUUAAAUCCUAAAUAACAAUGGUAGUGUAGUUAAUUUGAAGUUCAAGCUGAAAAAAAUGAAAUGAAACUUCAAUUUCAAUUUUGAAUCUUCGAAAUUCGCUUUUGCAAUAUGGAAAAUAAUAAAUAAUAUUGGCAACUGUUCGCAUAUAUGGCUAUGCACAUAUUUGUAGCACUUUUAUGCCCGUUUCAGAGCCAGUGUUUUUCCUUCAGUGAUAAAUUGCGGAUUCAUUUUAACACUUUAACACUUUGACACUUUUGACCCUAAAGCAAUAAUAGGACAACUUUUCGCUAGCAAAGAUUGGUUUUUCUAUCUGAGUACUGGACUUAAAGGCAAAAACGAGCAUAACUUAUCUUAAACAAAACCAAAACAAAAAGCUAACAUAAUUUGAAAAAAGAAAAACCACACACAUAAGCUAAAAAAUUGUAUGAUAAUGUUAAACACAAGUAUAAAGUUAACUAUUUUUAAAUGAAAAACAAAAAAAAAAACAAACAGAACAGAAGAGUGUCAACAGCAACGAAAGUCGAAUAUAAAGAGCGUUAAAGAAAAGAUAUUUGAAAAGAGUAUAGUUUUCAGAGAGAAUGGAUCGCAGAUAUUCAUAAAAAUACGAAUGACAAAAAAAUAUAUCACUACAGUCAAGCUUCCAUAACUCAACCUUCCCUAGCUCGAAUAAUACUCACUAAGUCGAACUAAAAUUAUUGGCAAGAACAUUUUUAUUCUAUAACCACAGAUCGAACUUUUUUUUUUGAUGACAGAUGAUGGUGGUUCGUGUUAUAGAAGUUCGACUGUAUUCUUUAAAUUCCCAAAAUAUAUAAAAAAAAAAAUAAAAAACAAGUGCAAGUUAGAAUACAAGUUAGACUUAACACAUUUUUAAACUAAAAUUAAAACAGCAAAAAGUUAACAGAAAAUUCACGAGAACAGUAAAAAAAAAAAGAAAACUAGAUUAAACAAAAAAGUAUGUAAGACCGAAACUGGAAACAAUAAAAUGUUUACAUUUUAGCUAGUGCA